AAGCCUCCACGUGUCGCCCCCUUUAACUAUAAACCCAAACCCUAGGGCUUCGUCCCUACUCUUCGGUCGAAACUCGAAAGUGCAGUCACACCCAAAAACCAAAAUCCGCCGCGGAACCGUAGCAACGGAACCAUGGGUCGUAUGCACAGUCGCGGCAAGGGUAUAUCUGCCUCUGCCUUGCCUUACAAGCGUACUCCUCCUAGUUGGCUCAAAGUCACCUCUCAAGAUGUCGAUGAAAAUAUCUGCAAGUUUGCAAAGAAGGGCCUGACGCCGUCUCAGAUCGGUGUUAUUCUCCGUGAUUCUCACGGUAUUGCUCAGGUCAAGAGCGUCACUGGAAACAAAAUCCUUCGCAUUCUCAAGGCCCACGGGCUUGCACCGGAGAUUCCAGAGGAUUUGUACCAUCUGAUCAAGAAGGCUGUUGCAAUCCGCAAGCAUCUGGAGAGAAACAGGAAGGACAAGGACUCCAAGUUUAGGUUGAUUCUUGUGGAGAGCAGGAUUCAUCGCCUUGCACGCUACUACAAGAAGACCAAGAAGCUGCCCCCUGUUUGGAAAUAUGAAUCAACAACAGCUAGUACUCUGGUGGCCUAGAGAGGAAGCAGUUGCAAUUUGUAUGACCAUGGAACGCUAAAUACUGGGAAAAUGAGCAGGUGCUUCAUGAAGUUUUGUUGCUAGUUGUGUGAUGUUAGAACUGAUCGAAUUAGGUUGGACAUGGGACAAUAUGCAACUCUGUUUUCUUCUGCAAUUUUACCUGUUAUGAUUACUUGGUCCACCGUGAAUUUUUUUUAAUGCUUCAUGAGCUGUAUUUUUUUGCCAUCUUAAACCUUUGAAGUUGGAAUUGCUUGAGAACAUUUCCUGCU